CAACUAUGGAGAGAACGCCAACCGCUCGCGGAGUGUCAGAGAUUGCACAGCCCGAGCUUUGAGCAAGAAAGAGAGUAACCGGGAAUUAUAGCGUGACCGCGCCCGGUGCAUUACUGGGAAUUAGCUCUCAGCACUUGUGGUAAAACAAAGUGACAAUGACAAUGUAUGAAGUCUACGCUCACCCAGCGCUUCAGAGGUACAGAGCUGGCAUCUGCUCCAAGGCCACAGUGUUCCUGCUAAUAGUCCUAGCGUUAACCUACAUUCCACCAUUACUAGUUGCAUUUCGCAGUCAAGGUUUUUGGCUGAAACAAAGUACUUAUGAAGAACAACCAAAUGUUCGUUUCAAGUAUGAGGUUUUGCUAAUAGCUCUGAAUAGCUCAAGAGGGAGUUAUGUGGCUUGGAGCACUUUUCAACAAUUUAACAACCUAGUUGGAGACAGACUGAGAAUACCUCUGGUGUCGGCCAGAGAAGAAGAUAAAAACAAUGACGGGAAAAUGGAUCAGCUUUAUUUAAAACUGGAGCUUCCUGUACAAGCCUUGGAGGAUAUAUAUGGUGUGCAGCUUAUUCUAACGUUCUCAUACCAACUCUACAGAAUGUCAACCUUUGUCAUGCAAAGCAUGGCCUUCAUUCAGUAUUCCUCUCCUAUUCCUGGAGCCCAGCUUUACAUUAAUGGGGAUCUGAAACUUCAGCAACGGCAGCCGCUUAAUCACCAGGGACUGGAUACAAGAUACAAUGUAUCUGUGAUCAAUGGAACAAGCCCUUUUGCCAGUGCAUAUGAACUCACAAAUAUUGUGUCAUCCUAUCAGGAGAGAAACAUCACUACAGUCCUUUAUGAUCCCAGCCCAGUUUGGCUUGUUGGAAGAGCUACGUCAGAUCCAUUUGUGAUUACUGCAAAUAUCCGGUAUCCUGUGGAAUCUAUAUCAUAUAUCCCUGGGUUUUGGGAGAUGAUCAAAUACGCCUGGAUUCAGUAUGUCAGCAUCUUGCUCAUCUUCCUGUGGGUGUUUGAGAGAGUUAAAAUUUUUGUUUUCCAGAAUCAAGUGUUAACUACAGUACCACUUCCUUUAGUCGCUCCAUCCAAACCUCACCAGUCUUGACCACUAACUGCUGCGGGUAUAUAAAGCAAGGCUCUUGCAAGAACUGGCACUUAAGAACAGUGUGGAAAUCUUGACAUUUUAUAUUCGUGUUUGCUUCACUCUUUUAAUUAUUGUUUGGUUUGCAAAUACGUAAAAUUCCAGAAAUCCAGUUAAGUUAAAUAAAUACAUUGCGUUUUUUUCUGCUCUUAGAAUAGCACCUAGUUAUGUUAAAAUUACAGUUUUCUUUUGUCAUUAUCGAAGUUCUUUUAUUCACAAUAGUGCAUUUCUCUGUACUUAUGUCCAUAGGCAACACAGAAGUCCUGCGAUAAAAAAGCAUUUUAACUCUUGCUAAAAUGCUUAAAAUAAUCCUUUAUAAUUUUGUAAUAAUUUUUUUUUAAAGUGUGGUCUGCCUCUUAAAGGGGCAUAAAAAUUGAGAAUAUGCUGGGGCUGCUAUAAAAUAGCGUUGAAGAUCAUCAUUGUGCGUGUGAAUGUUAGUACUUUCAGAGGCUGGCCGAUAAGUAUAUUCCAUGGGAUGAGCCUGGAACAUACAAAUCGGCAUCAGUCACAGCCCGUCAUCCAAUUAAAAUAAAUAAAUAAAAUAAAGCGGAUUUUGUUUUAAAUAAA